GUUAGUUGCCUGCGCUGAACGGAUUUUCUUGCCUUCUCUGAAUUAGCGCUGCAUUAGCCCUCCCUCGUCGGAACUGCGCGAGUGUCACGCAGUAUAAGAUCUAGCACCAUGUCCAUCCUCAAGAUCUACGCUCGUGAGAUUUUUGACUCUCGUGGAAACCCCACAGUGGAAGUAGACCUUUACACAAAGAAAGGGUUCUUCAGAGCAGCGGUGCCCAGCGGUGCCUCCACUGGGAUCUAUGAAGCCCUGGAGCUCCGAGACAAUGAUAAGACCCGUUAUCUGGGCAAAGGGGUCAAAAGAGCCAUUACAUAUGUUAAUGAAUUCUUGGCACCAGCCCUUUGUAAUCAGAGCAUGUCUGUCCUAGAGCAGGAGAAGAUUGACAAACUAAUGCUGGACAUGGAUGGCACCGAAAAUAAAUCCAAGUUUGGUGCAAAUGCCAUCCUCGGUGUCUCCCUGGCGGUUUGCAAAGCUGGUGCAGCAGAGAAGGGCGUGCCCCUCUACCGCCACAUUGCUGACCUAGCUGGAAAUGCAGAAGUCAUUCUUCCAGUGCCUGCUUUCAAUGUCAUCAAUGGUGGCUCUCAUGCCGGCAACAAGUUGGCCAUGCAGGAGUUCAUGAUCCUGCCUGUUGGCGCUAGCAGCUUUAAAGAGGCUAUGCGCAUUGGUGCUGAAGUGUACCACAACUUGAAGAGCGUCAUCAAGGAGAAGUAUGGCAAGGAUGCUACCAAUGUAGGUGAUGAAGGUGGCUUUGCUCCCAACAUACUGGAAAACAAGGAAGCUCUGGAGCUCCUAAAGAACGCCAUUGCCAAAGCAGGCUACACAGACAAGAUUGUCAUUGGCAUGGAUGUGGCUGCCUCUGAGUUCUAUAGAGAUGGGAAGUAUGACCUGGACUUCAAGUCCCCUGAUGACCCCAAACGCUACAUCACCCCAGACCAGCUGGCUGAGAUCUACAAGAACUUUGUCAAGGACUACCCAGUGGUCUCCAUUGAGGACCCCUUUGACCAGGACGACUGGAAGGCAUGGGCUAGCUUCACUGGCAGCACUGACAUUCAGGUUGUGGGGGAUGACCUCACAGUGACAAAUCCCAAGCGCAUUGUCAAGGCUGUAGCCGAGAAGGCCUGCAAUUGCUUGCUGCUUAAGGUCAACCAGAUUGGCACUGUCACUGAGUCCUUGCAGGCCUGCAAGAUGGCCCAGUCCAACAGUUGGGGUGUGAUGGUCAGCCACCGCUCAGGAGAGACUGAGGAUACCUUCAUUGCUGACCUUGUUGUGGGACUCUGCACAGGCCAGAUCAAGACAGGAGCUCCUUGUCGCUCUGAGCGUCUGGCCAAGUAUAACCAACUUCUGAGGAUUGAAGAGGAGCUAGGAGACAAGGCCCACUUUGCAGGCAAGAAGUUCAGGAACCCCCUUGCCAACUGAGGAGGUUAUCCAACUUCUCCAUCCCUAUAGUCAAGCACUUGCAGAUGUAUACAAGCCAUGCUGGCAUCAAGUGACCUACAUUGGAGCAAGUCACUGCUAACUGCUUGAGUGGUGCCAAGAAACCAUGGAGAUCACCACACGCCCCUCACCUGCAGGCUCCACACCCUAAUACCCCUGGAUUUUAGAGCACAGAACUGGCAGUUGAGUUGUGUUUGUCCUAGUCUGCUGUCCAUUGUGAGCUGUGAUCCUGAAACAGUCAUCUGUGGGUCAUUGUUUUCCAUGAUGUUUGUUUAAUAAAUGGCUAAACAUAUAAUGCUGUCAGAGGAACUAGAAAGUUUGUGUCACCUUUAUGACAAGUGCUGCUGUAUGUGUGAAACAAUAAGAAAUAAAUAAUCAAAACUGA